AUGCCUAUUGUUUGGGAGCAGAAGUAUGAAAGGCAAGUCAAUUCCAGCAAUGGUUUGUCUGCCAGACUCCGGCCAGUACCUACAGUGCAUAGCACAGCAGUGAUCCUGGCCAGUAAUAUGUGUCAGCUGAGUCCUGGCCGGUACCUCUUGUGGCUUUUUAUGAGAAGAUUUGUGGUAGAUGGAGACUUUACUGCUCAGCACAUGAACAUGCGACAACCUCAGCUUAACAUCUUCCUCUCAGAUGGUUUAGGUUAUAUGGUAACAGACACAGAUUACCAAGCUCACUUGGCUUCAGCUACGGAGAGUAAAGAGGUGAAUCAAGUUGCUUUGCAUUAUUAUUCUAUUUGCAAUGCCAUUAAGCAUGCUGCUGGCAACAUUGACAACUCCCUGAUCAUCUAUGAUGUGGGGUGCCAGUGGAGCCUUAACUUCGCUCAACGAGUUGACAACUGCCCUGGCUUGGCACUCCCAGACAACACCGAGAUUGUGGCUGCAGUGGGGAAAUUUCACUUGAGCGCUCAUAAACUUGCCUGUUUUGCUAGAUACAGCUUAAACUUCAUUCAAGGAGCUGGGCAAGUUGAUGGGGAAAUUUUGGAGACACUUUGGGCUCCCUUUAACAAGAUAUCUCCCACGGCAUGUUCUAUGAGCCAAUCCCAUCGUCAAGAAAUUCUUGAUGAUCAUAUGUGUAACUCAAAUUGGAAGAAACUUGUCAAAAUAGAAAGUACAAAACAGGCCAACAAGGGCAUUGAAGACACUAGGGUGCCAUUUGAAGAGCUCACAGGAUCUUUGGAUGUCAUCAAACUAAAGAUAGAUAAAGAGGAUUCACAGGAUGCACUCAGAGUAGCUAUUCGGCAGCUUCCAAACGAAGCAUCUGCGGUUCAAAGGGCUGCAGUUCAAGUGAAACGACAAAAACUGGCUGCACGUAUUUCAAAAUUUCAUGAAAUUGCUGAUGCUAUGACAGAGGGCAUUGAAGUCCAUGCAGGUACUGAGCACAUGGAUGACAGCAGAUUUUGCACUACAGAUGUGGUAGAGGAAGUACCGGAGGCUGCAGAUAUUGAAGAUGUGUUGGAAGAUAUUGAUGAGGAAGUUCCUGCAGAAGCCAUGGGCAUUUGGAUGCCAUCUUCAGUGCCCCGAAAUGAGGCUUUAGCCCUGGGCUUGCAUGCUCUGCAAGCUGAAGAACUGGAGUUACGAAAGGGUCAAGCAAAUGAUUGCUUGGAAAAGUUACGGCAGGCUCUUGGUCAUAAAGCGAUAAUUUACUGUCAACAUUUCCAAAGCGCAGAUUCCACAUGGACAGGAACCAGGUCAAAGCAGGAGGCUUUACAAUGUCAUAUCAAAAUAGAGAAGUGUGUCCGAAGGUAUCAAAGGGCAAGGGGUUUGAUGCAGAGACUAGGGGCUGAUGAAGAUACUCUGAGGACGAUUUAUCAAGACAUUCAGCCACACCAGCUCAGUGUGGACAAGGAAGUGACAGAAGAGAACAGAUAUGGGCAGGGAUCAGACAGACUGGCUUGGUUUUGGAGAGUCAACAAUGGUCAUGAUACACAGGAAGAUGUGUGGAUGGAUGAAUUGACAGGUAUUAGUCUACAGGGUAAAUUAGUUGAAAGCUAA